AUGGUGCUACCUGCUGAGAAAUCUUAUGAUCUUGAUCACAUGCUGCAGGAGCUACACAGUAAUUCCAACAAGAUUUUUCAGCUCCAGGACGAGAUAGAAGGAGCUCAGUCACACCUAGGUAUAAAAAUCAAAUUUCACGAGGACUCAACCUGUACCAGUGUUUCUGACAGAGUGUUUGAGGCCUGUGGAGGCUCUGAGUUUGGGAAUGCCAGUCUACCAGUGCCAGCUUCCCAGUGUGUACCUAGCGUCCACUUUACCUCAAGUGAGAGCGACCACAGCCAGGACAUGCUUCAUGAGCUGCAGGCCUUGGAGAACGAGUUUGAUGAGUUGGAUAAGGAAAUUAACUCUCUGAUACAGGAGAGCUGUUUAUGAUAUUACAGAGGAUUUAUUUAUGCCGUGAAGUUUGAUAUGGUGAUCAGUUGUAACUUGGACUUUACUUGGUGCAUAUAUCAUUAAACAAUGUUAAGAUUUAACACUGUUUUUGUUAGCAGCCUAGAGUUCCGGUAGUUAACUACUACAUAAGUGAUUGUUUUUAGAAUGUCAUAGAAUCUAAUUUUUAUUUUUCAUUAUUUGGACAUUUAUAUCUAAAGAAUU